AUGCUAUUGGGCAACUCUGAUAAAAAUCUUAAAGAACACUUACUUACUGGUAGGAGAAAUGCUACAAGCACCUCAAAAACUGUACAAGAGGAGGUCAUUCGCAUCACUGGAGAGUCUAUUCGGGCGAAAAUUACACAGCCGAUUCAGAGGGAAGACGCUUUUUUCUCAAUCAUUGGCGAUGAGGUAAUAGAUAAAUACGCAAACCAAGAAAUAUUAAGUGUUUGCCUUAGGUUUUUAGAUCUAAACAACGAUGUUUCACCUAAAAUCAAAGAAGUAUCUUUUUACUAUGUCAAACAUGAUGAUGAUGGUGCCAGUGCCAUGUCCUCAGAAGCAUGUGGUGUGCAAGGAAGAAUAAGGAGAAUAGCACCGAUGGCACUGUACACUCAUUGCAACAGUCACGUUUUGAAUCUCAGUGUUGCAGCCGCAUGCAGGUUAACUUCCGUCAGAAACAUGAUUGGAACCUUAAAUGAAACUUUCCUUUUCUUUCAUUUUUCACCUAAAAGACAGUGAUUUCUAGAACAAGUUUUAGAGAAGUGUGGUUCUACUUCCAGAAAGGCUAAAAAAGGCUAUAAAAGGCUUAUGCAAAACCCGAUGGGUGGAAAGGCAUGAAUGUUACGAGACUUUCUCCGAACUUUACGCGUACGUUUGCAUAAGCUUGGAAGCGAUAGUUGAUCAUGGGUCGCAUCCUCAUGUUUAUUCCUCGUUAUCGUUCACGUGGGACAGGGAGACUAAAACCAAGGCACAAAGUCUUCUGGCAAAUUUGAAGACAUUCGGAUUCAUUUUCACCUUUUUGAUCACAAAGAAUAGCCUUGGAACACUCAAACCUAUUGCAGCCAAGCUUCAGAAGAAAGACCAAGAUGUCUUCCAAGCGUAUUCUAUGAUUGAUGACACUAUUAAAGCAGUUGCCAGAGUGAGGUCAAACAUAGAGGAAGAAUGUCAUGAAUGGUUUGAAGACGCAUCUAUACUAGCUGAUAAGAUUGGCACUACAGUCUCAGUACCAAGAAUCACUGGGAGGCAGGAACAUAGGAACAAUGCACCUAGCGUAAACCCGGAAUCGCAUUAUCGUGUUAACGUUGCCAUACCUUUUAUAGAACAUUUAUUGGAAGAAAUGAGUUCAAGAUUCAGCGAAGACAACAGGAUUGGGGCCGAAAUUUUUCCCUUGGUUCCAUCUGCCGUGGUGAAGCAUGACAGUCUUCGUAAUUUCGCAGAAAAGCUGCAAUUUUGGCAACAGGACUUACCUACACCGUCCUCUCUUCUUUCUGAGUUAAGGGAAUGGCAAUACUUUUGGAAACAGUACACACCCACUUUACAGCUACCGGGAAAUCUUAUUGAGUGUGUAAAAUAUGCUGAUGAGGAUAUGUACCCCAACAUACGAAUUUUGCUUAUUAUUGGUUGUACCCUUCCUGUUAGUUCUGCCGAAGCUGAGCGUUCAUUCUCUGGCUUGCGACGAAUCAAGUCAUAUCUCAGAAACAGGAUGUCUGAUGAGCGGUUGUCAGGACUUGCACUCGUGCACUUACAUCAUGACCUUGACAUUGAUGUUGACGAAAUCUGUACAAUUCUUUUAACCAAACACAAGAGGAGAAUGUUCCAAGGGAGCAUCCUUUACGAGUAG